GCAAUGCACCGAGUAUGCCUUUGGAACGAAUUUGCGUCAUCUGGCUGAAGAGAAAGACGCAGAGAACCCUCGUUUUCGAGAAAUCCCUCAAAGAACCGGCUCUGGCUUCCUCACGACUCAAGGCGAAACCGCUCUGGGAAUGUUGCGUUUUUCUUCUUUUACUCCCUUUUUCGUGGUUUAAGACAACUUCCCAAAGCUCCUUUUCGUAAGGCCAGGUGAUAGAAAGCUUUGAGAGAGAGAGCUGCCUCGCUCCUCCACCGAGCAGCCAGGUCGUGCAACACAAAGGGGAGCUUCAGAAGAUUGGACAGGAAUGAGGAAAUACUCAAGAAGGGUGAAACAACAGAUUGUCUCUUUCUCAGCGCUUAUGUAUUUCUUGUGAGGCACUCCGGUGACUGUGUCGUUCCUUCAUAGUCUAGCUUCACCGGCGGCCUUAAUUCCGUUGUUGAGUCCUUCGUUCUUUGCCGUCUCCUGUCUCCAGCGCCCAGUUUUCCUCAUUCUUUUCCCUCUCGUUUGCUGUUUCUGUUGCACCUCGCACUCCCAGUGUGUGUCUUGCGUCAAGGUUGACAAUGCCUGUACUUCGUGCCUUGUUGUGACGCAUGGUCUCAGCGGUACUCUGAACAAUCGAGAAAGCUGCAUCUCGGUACACGUCACAUCUUUUGCUCUAAAGUUUACCGUCGUUCUGCGUCUUCCACGCCUGCGUCAACACCCGCCCCUCCGCUUGUCUCUUCGCACUCGCUGAUGUAUCGCUCCUCUGGCAGCGUCCUUACACCUGAAACAGUCGGCGACGGCAAGCGAUUUCUUCGUGUCAUCACCGCCAACCUUUUGUCAUUUCUCUUCACUUCUGUCCUCGUGCUCCAAACGGCCGCUGCAGUUUGUAAAGAGUAUGCUCGCCGGAACCAGUCGGCCUUUUUCUCUCUUCCGUCAAGCGCACCAGACAAAAGCCUCCGCAGUACUUCCGGAGCCUCCGGAAGAAUAGAUUUUGCGGGUCCUUUAUGAUCCCUGCACCACGCAAUGCAACGCGGCUAGCACACGCAGCACAAGAAGCUUGCGCUUCUUGCUUCCUCAUCUGUCGGUCGCUUACGCCGAUUUUCGUCUUCGGAGAACACCACCCCUAGGGCAGCAAAGAUGGCAAUGCAAAUGAGCUUCUACUGGGGUUACCGCGCAACUAUCCUCUUCAGCUGGUGGCAAACGCACGACGCGCUCGACUUUUUUUUGGCUGUCUGCAUCAUUUUCUGCACUUGCUUGUUGAGCGCCUGGCUGAAGCUUCAGUGCCACAGAGUGGAGGAACGGCGGCGACGCGCUUUCUUCUCUCCAGUUCUGACGGCUCGCGCCAUGUCCGUCUCGUCUGUCCCUGGUCCUGGAGAGAUUCGACUCGGAGCGUCUUCGUUUUCUAUCCCGCUGAUCUCCGCGGGAGACGGCGACGACGGCAAGACGUGGCAACAAGCACUGGCAGGUCCCAGCAGCACAAUGCGGACGCCAGCCUUCUCAGACAGUCCUGGAAGAGUUCAAGACGGAAACUCGAUGAACGUUUCUUGUGCGCCGGAAUCCACACUUGCGUCGGAGGACAAAGGCGAGGCAGCCACCGGAGGGAAGUCGUUCGCCGGCGCUGCUCCGACACACAGUGUCUGCGUCUCAGCGUCGCCGCAAGGAGCGACAGAGCAGACAGGCGGAGAAGCUGCGCUCUCCUCUCGCUUGUCUGCGGCCGAGUCGAGAGACUGUGGAGGAAGCCGACGGUUGCGACAAGCAGGCCAGACCUGGGAGGGCCACGGCGAUGGUGCCUCUGGGGGAAGAGUGCCGCCUUCAACUUUCAGGGAGUCCGCACGCAGGACGUUGUCCACCUGGUUUUUUGCUUGCAUGAUUGCCGCCAUUGACUGGAGCUUGAUGCUCGUAUGCAUGACGUUCAACGCGGGUCUUUUUUUGACGGUGGUUGCCGGGGUCGCUGCAGGGCGGACACUUAUCAACAGCAAAACUCGAAAGUUAUGGGCGCUUCCGUGGCAGGAGCUUCUUUGCUCACACGAUCACUCUUGAAAACACUCAUCCAACCAGCGCUUGCAGCGGUGUUAAGCAGUCCAGUGAGGUGGCGAUGUCCAGAAAUAUGAGUUCUUGUGCAGGAGACGAAACCUACAUCUCGUACAUUUGGUCUAUGAUCGUUACAGCAGGAGAUGACGCAAAUGUCUUGUGCAAAGCACUUCAGAACUCCCAAUUCCCUGCCUGGGCAGUGUGUGCUCCGUCUGAGCGGAAUACCACCGCAGAGGAAACAGCGGCCUCUCUGGAAUGUAAUCGUGUAGGCACGCUCGUGGACGCCGGAACACUUUUCUGCAUACCGUUUCUGCGUCUGAAAAGGUCACACUCUUUCGGGAAUUUUCGGAACAAAGUGUGUUCCCGACGCCCGAAUCAUACCCCGAGCUUUCAUUGUGAUACUCCCCGGCCUUUGGCAAUUGUUUUCCAAAGAGCGGUCGGUAUAUCGACGGUACGUCGAUCCAAAAACUCAUUUACUCGAGAAAGUGAUGGUCC